GAGGGUAGUUUCGCUGUGACUCGGCAGGAACGCUCCUUCGCGUACUAUCAGAAAUCGGAGAGCUAACAUCCCAGGGAAGACUGCGGAUCCGCACCCCAGUUUGUGUCUCGCAGGUUGUGCACAGCAUCGAAGCGGCUGCUCCUGGAGGAGUUAAUCAAAUACAAAAGUUUCAGUUCACGAGAGACACCUUUCACUGAGGCAGCAUGACUCUGAGCGCCAACGAUUUGACUGAAAUCAUGGAGCUGUGGGAUUCCGUGAGCAUGAACUUCACCGACCAGGACGACAACCUGUCCCACGUGGAGGCCCUGGUGUGCACGGCCAGCUUCAACCGCAGUGCCAUCCUCUACACCAUGUCCACGCUCUACAUCUUCAUCUUCAUCAUCGGCCUGGUGGCCAACUCCGUGGUGGUGUGGGUCAACCUGCGGGCAGAGCGCCACCGCUACGAAACCCACCUGUACAUCCUGAACCUGGCCAUUGCCGACCUGUGCGUGGUGGCCACCCUGCCCGUGUGGGUCAUCUCGCUGGUCCAGCAUGGCCACUGGCCCUUCGGGGAGGCCAUGUGCAAGAUGACGCACCUGAUCUUCAGUGUCAACCUCUUCGGCAGCAUCUUCUUCCUCACCUGCAUGAGCGUGGACCGCUACCUGUCGGUGGCCCUGUUCGGCGACUCCAACAGCCGCUCCAAGAAAGUGGCACGCCGGUCCAUCUGCGUCCUGGUGUGGGUGCUGGCACUGGCCGCCUCCAUCCCCGACACCUACUUCCUGCAGGCGGUGGAGUCGGCACACUCCCACAACACCCUGUGUCGCCCGGUGUACCCGACCGACAGCCCGCGCGAGUGGAUGGUGGGCGUGCAGCUCAGCUUCAUCAUCCUGGGCUUUGCCAUCCCGUUCCCGGUCAUCGCCGUCUUCUAUGUCCUGCUCGCCGGCGUCAUCUCCUCCUCGGCUGACCCGGAGCGGCGUAUCAGCCGCAAGAUCAUCUUCACCUACAUCGUGGUGUUCCUGGUGUGCUGGCUGCCCUACCACGGCGUGCUGCUGGUGGACACGCUCUCGCUGCUCAACGUGCUGCCCUUCAGCUGCCAGAUGGAGAACUUCCUGUUCAUGGCCCUGCAGCUCACGCAGUGCUUCUCCCUGGUCCACUGCUGCAUCAAUCCCGUCAUCUACAACUUCAUCAACAAGAACUACCGCUACGACCUCAUGAAGGCCUUCAUCUUCAAGUACUCCACCAAGACCGGCCUGGCUAAGCUCAUUGACGCCUCCAGGGUGUCGGAGACAGAGUACUCCGCCGUGGAGAACAACGGGCAGCCGUGAGACACGCACACUGUCCCGAAUGGAACUCAGCUUAGACUCUGGAUCUGGAAAAUGGAACCGGGACUGGAACUGGACCCCACCCCCCAUCCUCCUCAAGGCUAGAAAACAUCUACUGUGCAAAGUCCAUGGUCAGGGAGGGGGGUCUAGCAUUAGAUAUACACAUGUGAGGCACUAUAAAGACCAAAUUUUAAACAGAUUUUGUAAAAAGAAAAAAUCUUAUAAAAGAAGGUUCUCAUUACAGGCUGUAUCCAGAGUCUGCCAGCUUGUGAUGCCAGUGAGAUUCUCCACUCCCAGAAUUCCUGCAGAGCAUUGUGAAAGUCGGUCUGCCCCAGGAAAGUCUGGUCAAAGACUAUUGAAAUCUGAAGAUAGCACUUCCCCUGGAGAGCUGACUGUUGGGCCAAGGGGUGGAGCUUGUUGUCAGUUAGGGGGGUGGGGCUUGUCAUAAGGCUGAGAGGUGGGGCUUGGUGAGGGGGCUGUCCCUGAGGCAGAAAUGGACAGAUAUGCCAGCUGGUGUAGUCACUCUAGAGUCACAGCUUCUUACAACUGUACUGGUCCCUAGCACCCAAAAGGCAGAGAGGUCAGUCAUUGAGAUUCCAUUGUUUCUCAGUGCUGGGCAGACUGGACCUGCCUUUGUGUCAGAGCUGCUGUACUGAGAAUCAGGUGAAGAAAUCAGGCUGAAACACUGGCACAGAGACCAGACCUGUCAGAGAACACAACUCACGCUUCCAGACUCUGAGGAAUGAUCCAAGAACAUGCCAUGUUUGAGAUGUUAUUGUUUGUGUGUGUAGGCGUGUGUGUAGACAUGUGUAUGUGUGCAUGUU